GAUUGGUUGAUCCUACGACUGGCGCACAAGAAUUUUUAAGAUUGACCAAAAAUAUUUUAGUAGUGUGAAACAAGAAAUAAUUUUUACCCCCUACAACGAUGAUAUGUUUUCUACAAACUAUUUUAAAUUAUAUUCUUAAUUAGUUUCAAUCUUCUGCUGGAACGUUUUUGCUACCGUGGGAUUACAACUAUAGAAUACGUGUUUUGGCCAUGUCCCUUUACUCAAUUUACUGGCAGUUAUUUUCACGCUUCCAGGCUUCGAACAUGGCCUUUGCUGUAGCAGUGGAGCGCUGAUUUUCGUGUUCAACUACAGUAUUUUUUCUGUCAAAGCGACCUGCGUAACUUCCUCGUAUUCCUGGGUGAUUUGGUAAGCAAAGUGCUGUAAGUGUGACGUGUAAUCUAGUGGACGCUUUUAACUAGUGGGCCGCUACUCAUGUUGCUUUUUUGCGAUCAUACCCCAAACUCGUAUGUUCUUUAGACGUGCACAUUUGUCCCUGUGUUUUAACAAUCUUAUUGCAUUGUAUCGAACGUAGAGAACCAAUUUGCUUAAUUAGUUUCGUGUUAGCCUCGUCACUGAUGCUAACUAGGUUGCUAGCUAACAACCCCGACAAUGAGUUCUCCAAGCUUCUCCCCUCCUGUUAAAGAACAGGUCUGCUGGACGGAGAAAGAAACUAUGGUGAAAGAGGAGAAGGAAGAGGGUUUCUCAAAUAAAAACGUAAAAGAUGAGACUUUUACCGUGAAAGAAGAAGACCGAGAAGUUAGCGUAAAAUACGUUUUUACAUUAAUAAAGGAAGAGGUAACUGUGAAAGAAGAGAAGGACGUUGCUGUGAAAGAAGAGAAGGACGUUGCUGUGAAAGAAGAGAAGGACGUUGCUGUGAAAGAAGAGAAGGACGUUGCUGUGAAAGAAGAGAAGGACGUUGCUGUGAAAGAAGAAAAUAAAGAAAUGGAUGAUGUUUUUGGAGUGAAGGUGGAGAGCGACGUCUCAUUAGAGGAAGAGGAGAAAGACAAGGCACGAUGUCAGAAUAACAACAGAGAAACAGCUGACUCUCAAUCUGACAGCGGGGAGCGUCCUUCAGGGGAACCAGAUACAGAGAUGUCCACACCAGCAAGACCAUGCCAAUGCUCACAGUGUGGGAAAUGUUUUAUGUGGUUAUGUCACCUGAAAAGGCAUGUGAGGACACACACUGGAGAGAAACCUUACAAGUGCUCCCAUUGUGGAAAAUGUUUUACAGAACCAGGGAAUUUGAAAUCUCAUAAGACAACACACACAGGAGAGCAUUAUGACUGCUCCCAUUGUGGAAAGAGUUUUAGAUACUCAAGGAAUCUAAAAGUACAUGAAAGAAAACACACUGGAGAGAAGCCAUAUCAAUGCUCUCAGUGUCAAAAUACAUUUAUUUCUUCAGUGCACCUGAAAUCACAUGAACGAAUACACACUGCAGAGUCUUACCACAGCUCCUGGUCUGAAAAGGAUUUUAAACAAUCAGGGAAUCUAAGGGUGCAUGAACAAAGUCACAUGGGAGAGAAACCAUAUCAAUGCUCCCAGUGUGAAAAAAGAUUUGUUCAGUUACGGAGCCUAAGAGACCAUAAGAGAACACACACUGGAGAGCGGCCGUAUAAAUGCUCUCAGUGUGGGAAGGGUUUUAGACAGUCAGGAGAUCUAAAAACACAUGAAAGAACACACACAGGUGAAAAACCAUACAAAUGCUUGCAGUGUGGAAAUACAUUCAUUUCAUCAGGGGGCCUGAAAAGGCAUGGGAGGAUACACACAGGAGAUCGGCCAUAUAAAUGCUCUCAGUGUGGAAAGGGUUUUAGUCACUCAGGUAAUUUAAAAGUCCAUGAAAGAAAACACACUGGAGAGAAGCCAUAUACAUGCUUGCAGUGUGGAAAUACAUUUAUUUCAUCAUGGGGCCUGAAAAAGCAUAAGAGAACACACACAGGAGAUCGGCCAUAUCAAUGUCCUCAGUGUGGAAUGGGUUUCAGACAUUCAGCGGAUUUAAAAGUACAUGAAAGAAAACACACUGGAGAGAAGCCAUACAAAUGUUCUUACUGUGAAAAUACAUUUUACAAAUUAGGAAAUCUUAAAGAACAUGAGCGCACACACUUUGCAGAUAGGCCUUUCCACUGCUCUCAGUGUGGUAAGGGUUUUAAACGCUAUGAGGGUCUAAAGAGGCAUAGAAGAACACACACUGGAGAGAAACCAUAUCAAUGCUCUCAGUGUGGAAAGGGGUUUAUGCAGACAGGGAAUCUAAAAGUACAUAAAAGAAUACAUACUGGAGAGAAACCAUAUAAAUGCUUGCAAUGUGGAAAUACUUAUAUCUCAUCAGGGAGCCUGAAAAAGCAUGAGAGAAGAACACACUGUAUAGAGAAACCUUUCCCAUGUUUUGUGUGUGGAAAGGGUUUUACUGAGAAAGGGAACCUGAAUAAACAUCAGAGAAUACACACAGAAGAGGUCUCCACUGGUCCCAUUGUGAAAAGGGUUUUAGUCCCUUAGAAGGCCUGAAGCAGACAGGUCAAAAAUGUUGGGAAAUUUGAAAUAUGGAGAAAAGGAAUCGUCACACCAACUCAUCCGACCAUCAUUAGAACCCACCCCCUUUCCGAGCAUGUUUGGAACCCGCCCCCUGUCCAAACAUGUUUAGAACCCACCCCCUAUACAACCAUGUUUAGAACCCACCCCCUUUCUAAGCAUGUUUAGAACCCACCCCCUUUCCAUUAAUGUUUGGAACCCAUGUUUAGAACCCACCCCCUUUCCAACCAUGUUUAGAACCCACGCACUUUCCACACAUGUUUGGAACCAAACCCUUGUCCAAACAUGUUUAGAACUCACCCCCUAUACAACCAUGUUUAGAACCCUAUUAAAUUAUAUUAGCAUGUAAUUUAAAUAUAACAUCAAUAAAAUAGUUGUAUAUAUACAAUAUGUGCUAUUCCAUUGUAGCUUGUUGUUUAUUAUUCCUGCCUGUAUUUUUUGUGAGAAGUAGGUUUCUGCAGAUCAGCAAGUCUAAUUAUGGAAAUUGAUUUCAGCCCCGCAAUAAACCUACUGUAAAUCAUUAAUUAUUAAAAUGUUAUGUUUUUCUCUAAUCAAUGAACACAUGCUCAUUUAGUAUGUCUUGCCAGUGUGACGUAUAAUGUAGUGGACCGGACUAGGCAUUCACCCGAGGCAUACAAUUUCUUAUCUGGCAAUUCGGUAGUCUGAUAGCUUGCAUUCCUGGCCCAAUAAUUAAAGUCUUUGGACCAUUAUAGUAUAUAUUUGCCUCUGUGUUUUCGCCACUCUUCGUGGCAUUUAUUUAACUUUUUUCUUUGUUAGUAGUCAGCAAAUUGGAUCGCUAAAUUAGACUAGUACUAACCUAGUCACUAAUGCUAACUAGCUAGCUAACAUCCCGACCAUGCGCUAACUUUGUUCUCCUUCCCUGGCUAAAGAGGAAGUCUGCUGGAUUGAGAAAGUAGCUUUCAUGAAAGAUUAGAAGGAAGAAGAGUUUUUAACAAUCAAAAACAAAGUAGAAAGUGGAGCUGUAACAGUGAAAGAGGAGGGUUUUGUGAAAAAAUAGGAUGUUUUUAUGAAAGAAUAGUACGAUAUUACUGUGAGGGAAGAGAAGGAUGUUAUUGUGAAAGAAGAUAAGAUGGAGAAAGAAAUUCAAUAAAUUUUUAAAGGAGUAAAGGAGAAGGUUAUUGUCAUGUUG